GGUCCUCCACACCCGGUUGCUUGUUGUCGUUCGGGCCCGGGCGACGCGCUCUUAUUAGCUGAUCAGGGAUCGAUAAUCACGUUAUUAUGGAUCGCGAACGCCGAUUAUCUUUCCAUAGGACAUACAUCGGAUGUGAUGCUCGGUUUUGAGACACAUGUCGGAUACAGUACAUGUUUAAACCGGUUUAAAGCUCCCGGGGGCGGCUAACCGAGCAGCCAGCGCUAGCAGCUAACCCUAGCUAGCAGCUCCUCUGAGGCGUUCUGAAGAUCUGUCAUCUAAGAGAUGACUAUACCAUCAGCAAGGAGGAGCUAAGGGAUAACGAGAUGUCUGAGAACCAAGGCCCCGGGAACAACGUUCCUCUGAACAACAACCGGCUGAGGAACCCCAACAUCAACCAGAACCCCCUCAUCAACGUCCGAGACCGCCUCUUCCACGCGCUGUUCUUCAAGAUGGCGGUGACCUACGCGCGGCUGUUCCCGCCCUCCUUCAGGAGGGUGUUUGAGUUCUUCGUCCUGCUGAAGGCUCUCUUUGUGCUCUUCAUCCUGGCCUACAUCCACAUCGUCUUCUCCCGCUCACCCAUCCGCUGCCUGGAGGCGGUGCGGGAGGAGUGGCCCCGCGACGGCGUCCUGCGGGUGGAGAUCCAGAGGAACUCCACCCGGGCCCCCGUGCUGCUGAUGGGGCGGGGCCAGGAGGAGGAGCCGGGCACAGGGGGCGGAGUCUUCACACUGCAGCCGGGCGGCGAGGAGGAGGAGGAGGAGGAGAUGACUCUGGAGAUGUUUGACAACAGCUCGGUGAAGUUCCAGCUGGACAUCGAACCCCGACUGAAGCCCACGCUGAGCGGAGGGGGCGGGGCUAACGGCAGCCAGGACCUGUCAUUCAGCCAGGCUCCUGCUAAAGUCUGGCCCCAGGAGGAGUACAUCGUGGAGUAUUCUCUGGAGUACGGGUUCCUGCGUCUGUCCCAGAACACCCGACAGAGACUCAGCAUCCCGGUGAUGGUGGUGACGCUCGACCCCAUGAAGGAUCAGUGUUUUGGGGACAGCUUCAGUCGGUUUCUUCUGGAUGAGUUCCUGGGAUACGACGACAUCCUGAUGUCCAGUGUCAAGGCCCUGGCAGAGAACGAGGAGAACAAAGGGUUCCUGAGGAACGUGGUUUCCGGGGAACACUACAGAUUCGUCAGCAUGUGGAUGGCCCGGACCUCCUACCUGGCAGCCUUCCUCAUCAUGGUCAUCUUUACCUUGUCCGUCUCCAUGCUGCUGAGAUAUUCCCACCAUCAAAUCUUCGUGUUCAUAGUGGACCUGCUCCAGAUGUUGGAGAUGAACAUGACCAUCGCCUUCCCCGCGGCUCCUCUGCUCACCGUCAUCCUGGCCCUCGUUGGCAUGGAGGCCAUCAUGUCGGAGUUCUUCAAUGACACGACCACAGCGUUCUACAUCAUCCUCAUCGUGUGGUUGGCCGAUCAGUACGACGCCAUCUGCUGCCAUACCAACACCAGCAAACGACAUUGGCUGAGGUAA